AUGGAAAAAGAUGCCGACAAGAAAGAAGAAACUCAAGAAUCUGAUGGGGAAUCAUUCGAAGUUGUAAAACCAAGUCAAAGUAAGAAGCUGAAACGCCAAGUUGAUCUUAUGAUUGAAAUAGUUCAAGAUGCAGUUACGCUCUUUGGUGGUAGAAUUGAAAAAAUGUCUAAUGAAAAUGCGCCUACAAGCCAAGAUCGGGCUAAGACUAUUAUUUUCAUUCGUCACCAUCUAGACGUUCCUUUACCGUCCGAAUAUUUGACGGAUUUUAAAACUGUUACAAAAUACAACUCUGCUAUCCAUCAGAUUACAUCUCAGUUGAAACUCUGCGGAGAAAUUGUUACUGAGAAUGAUAAAUUGGAGAAGACUCUUUCUACCUUUCAUGCUUCAAAUGUCGUGCUGCAACAGCAGUAUCCUGAACAAAAUAAUGAGCUACUGAUGAAAAAUCAUCAGUCCCGGCCCACUGGUUCCAGUCCGUUCCCUGAAGCGAAUGUGAUAUUUUCUGAACAAGGCCGAGGACGUGGUAAAGGCCGUGGACGUGGUCGCGGUCGUGAGAGUCAACGUGGUCGAUAUACCCCUUACAAUCAUCGCGGUAUUGACAUUAACAGGAAGUAG